AUGUCUGUAUUAUUGGAAUAUGAAAAAAAUAUCGUUUUGGAUGUAAAUGAGGAUAGUUGCGUAUUCGUUUGUGCUGAAGGAUUAGAUCUUGAUACGAUAAUAUAUACGCUUAUUAAACUUCAUAACGAUCCACAUAACUUAGUUUUAAUAUCCAAUUAUUCACUUCCCGAAGCAAAGUUUAUUACAGCUCGCCUAACUCUUGAAAAUGAAGCAUAUACUCCAUUCACAAUAACUGCAGAAGUGAGUUCGAAGGAGCGCCUUGAAGCAUACCGACGCGGUGGCGUAGUUUUUGUCAGCUCCCGGAUUCUCGUUGUUGAUCUUUUGCGCGGAACAAUGCCAGUAGAACUUGUAACAGGUGUUAUUGUUUUACGCGCUCAUACUUUGCAUGAAUCUAGUCAAGAGGCAUUCAUGCUCCGUUUACUUCGAGAAAAGAACCCCAGUGUGUUCAUCAAAGCUUUCACAGAUAAUGCUAUCGCUUUAAUGACUGGUUAUAAUCGAGUUGAACAUCUAAUGAAUCAAUUCGGAGUUUCUAAACUUCUCCUCUGGCCGAGAUUUAACAUAGAUGUAAUGAAUACGUUAACUGACUCACCAAUUAACGUUGAGGAAUUGCAGGUUUUUUUGACAGCUGAAAGUGUUAACUGCCAGAGAUGUUUGUUGGAAAUGAUUAAGGCUACUCUUCGUGAACUUGUUGAUAUUAAUCCCAUUCUCAACAACGAUGAAUUCGCCCUCGAGUCGGCCCUUACUAGCUCCUUUCAUCAAUUGACAAGUCUCUAUAUUGAUCCAAUUUGGCAUCAGUUGACACAAACCAGUCUUCGACUGUUAGCCGAUGUUGCUGGCCUACGACGUCUUCUAUUCCAACUUAUCGACCAUGAUGCUGUCUCAUUCCUAGAUUCUUUUGAAGAAAUGAGGCAAACAGAGUUGGCUUCACUUCGAAUGAGCAGGUCUACUAAAGUUACCUCGGUUCAACGAGGUGGAAAUUGUGCUAAUUGGCUUCUUAUGGGCCAAUCGGAACAAUUGCUAACUAUCGCUCGAAAACGGGUCUAUAAAAAUUACGAAAAAAGAACCUAUUGUGUUGAAAUUCCCCCAAAGUUGAGUGCAAUUAACUCUGCUCUGGAAGAGAUCUAUUCUAAGUUAUCCGAGACAGACCGACAAAAGAAAUGCCCCGUUCUUAUCCUCUUUCGGCAUUCCCGUAGUAUCGAGAUUGUUCAUUACUUUCUCCAAAAUGGUAGCACGAAGCUACGUGAUUGGCUAGUUCAAGGACGAGUCGCUUAUGAGCAUCCAAUAGAGACCCCAUUAGAGGAUGAUGACUCAUCCCCCAAAAAGAGACAACGUCAACGUAUUCCUGAACCUGCUCUUCCUGCUUAUGCCCGGAGAAAUAAAGGUGCCCCCAAGGGUACAAUUUCGUGUGGAAUGGCCCCCGUUGUGGUGAACGAAAAAGGAGUCGUGUUGACCGAAGUUAAAACUUCAGAGGAGAAGCCUUCUGUUUCAUGUCAGAAGACAAAGAAGAUUGCAGUUGAACCUGAAAUCCCUCCAGAAUCUCCCAUUCCUGACCUUCCACCAGGUUGCAUUUCAGUCACUUUCAGGCCAUCAGAAGGGAAUGAACUAAAGGUCAUUCUUAGGGUACCUCCUCCUGGUUGUGGGGAGGAAGGUGCGCUCUCGUCAAUUGAUACUAAGAGUCUAGAUGGACCGGCUGGACGAUUAGGGGGUGUUCUAACGCGUCUUCGACCUCAAUGUGUCAUAUUUUUUGAACCUUGUGUUGCCUGGGUGCGGGAAGUGGAGGUGUAUGCAGCGAAAGAGGCUAGACGAAGGGCUGCCGAAGGUUUGCCACUUGACCCGGUGAAUGUCUUCUUUAUGGUUUAUAAGGAUUCGGUGGAGGAGCAACGAUACCUAACUCGACUUAGACGGGAGAAAGAGGCUUUUGAAAGCCUAAUCAGUCUCCGUGGCUCAAUUGUCAUCAAGAAGACGGAACCAGCAAUUCCCGUCGCCGAGAGCAAAGAAGUCCCAACCGUUUUUGUUGAUGUGCGCGAAUUUCGGAGUGAAUUACCGGCUCUCUUGCAUCGCAAGGGUCUUAAGGUAAAUCCAAUAACCCUCACAAUCGGGGACUACAUCCUUGCUCCACACAUCUGCGUCGAACGCAAGUCAGUCAGUGAUCUGAUCGGAUCUCUGAAUUCCGGUCGGUUGUAUCAGCAGUGCACUUCCAUGUCUCGUCACUACAUUCAUCCUGUCCUCCUCAUUGAAUUUUCGAUGCCAGCGAACGGUAUAACGUACAAGGCUCCACGUUUUCCUAACUCAGCAGCAUCUUCAUCAGGAGCCUCUUUUGCACUAUUCACCGGCCGAAAUGCAGUUGUUUCAGCUGAUUCGCGGACGGAUUUGGAUCCGCAUCACCUCUUGCCUCGUUUGGUCCUCUUGAUCCUUCAUUUCCCACUUUUGAGAGUGUUAUGGAGUGUUACGCCCUAUUGUACUGCGGAACUCUUUGCAGAAUUGAAGGUUGGUAGAGCGGAACCUACUAUAGAACAGUUGCCACAAGAUAGCGAUGGUUUGGGUGAAGAGAACGCGGAGGCUGUCGAAAUGCUCCUUCGAUUACCCGGAAUCUCCUGGCGCAACUAUCGCCGUGUCAUGGCACGUGUAGACAAUAUCGCUAUGUUAGCUGAUUGCUCGCUUGAACGUCUGAAUGAAAUCCUGGAAAACAGUGAAUGCGCCCAACGACUGUACAAAUUCUUUCACUCGGAGUUUACUCCACCUCCACCAUCGGAGGAAUCAACAGAAGGAACGUCGUCUUCAUCUUCAACUUCUGCAUUGGCUCCUGGAGCAAAGAGACCUCGAUUUGCUCUCGCUGCGCGUGUGAAAACUCGAACUAUGAAAUAG